GAGUACCUGGAAGAUGUGGUAGUGUGCGGGAAAAAGGUGGGCAUCCAGGGAGGGGAAUUAGGGCAAGGGAGCAACAACCGAGGAGGAGGAAGGAGGAAGCGAAAAUUGGUCCCUUGGGGGCCACAGGGCUACAACCCAAUUUUGCAACUGCAGUGCAAAAUUCGCACCUCGGUACACCAUACACAACAAUAACCCAGAAGAAGAGAGAAAUUCAAAACCCGGGGUCGGUGAUGGAGCUCGUCUCGGUUGUUGCCCCCCCGGGCAGGCGAAUGCUGCAGCACACAUUGCGUGCCAAGGGCGGACCCUUUUUCGCCAUCGUCGCUGCGCAUCAUCUCCACUUGCUCCCCUCCUCCUCCUCCUCUUCUUCUUCUUCUUCUUCCCCUGCGCCCUCCUCAUCAAAGACCCGCAGCUGCUGCCCUGCUGCUGCUGCCUCGCGGCUCGCUUGUUGCCCCCGUGAAUGGUCGCAAUCCGAUCUCCUCCUCCGCGGCCGAUCGUCUUCGGGGCUUAGGGUGGGCACCAGAGGCGUUAUAGUGAAGUGGAAAGACGUGGCGGUGAUGGGCGCGGCAGCUGCCAGCACUGUUGUUGCCGCCGGAAUGGUGAGGAGCAUGGUGCGGAGGAGCCAUGCCGAUGUUUCGGUUUCAGACGGCAUCAAUGUUCGUCUUGGGUUAUCUGCAUCAGAAAUUCUGAGCCUAGCGGAUUUCAUAAUUUCUACAUCAACGAGUGUUCAUGACGCGGUUGCUGCUGUUCCGUUGGAUCAAGUUAGUUAUGAUAAUGUCAUUGCCCCACUGGCUAAUCUACAGGCCGAGGAGUUUGCAUUGGUUCAAAGCUGUGUAUUUCCUGCCCUGGUAUCAACUUCCAAGGAAGUACGAGAUGCUAGUUCUGAGGCAGAGAAGAGACUUGAUGCUUAUAAUGUGAAAUGCAGCAUGCGCGAGGAUGUUUAUCGUGUUGUGAAGGCUUUUUCUGAGAAGAAAGUAACUUUAGAGCCUGAGGCCCAGCGAUUUGUGGAUCGUGUGGUUAGAGAUUAUGAAAGGUUGGGCUUGAACCUAUCUCCAGAAAUAAGGAAGGAGGUCGAGCGUUUGAAGACCACAAUUGGCGAGCUCUGUAUUGAAUUUCAGAAGAACAUGAAUGAAGAAAAUCGGCGCCUUUAUUUCACAGACAGUGAGCUAGCAGGAUUGCCUGCGGACUUCAUUAAGGAACUUAAUCGUGAUAGUGAAGACAAGCUGGAGGUCACUCUUAAGUACCCGCAUUAUUUUCCAAUUAUGGAGAAAUGCAAGAUUGGAAGUACGAGGAAAGCUAUGGCAACUGCAUAUGACCAACGUUGCAUGGACCAAAAUGUGACAAUCUUGGAGAAAGUGAUUGAGAUGAGAAGUGCCAUGGCACAGUUGCUGGGUCACAAGAAUCAUGCAGAGUAUGCAAUCGCGACGCGCAUGGCGAAAUCUCCUGUGACGGUGAAAAGUUUUCUUGAAGAUACCUCCAACAAAAUCUCGCCUCUUGCGAAAAAGGAGCUUGCAAAGCUAGAAGCCAUGAAGAGACAAGAGGAAGGUGAUGAACCUUUUGGCCUGUAUGAUAUGAGGUACUACAUCCGCAAAUCUGAAGAAGCUGACUUUAAUGUGGACUAUGAGACAGUAAAGCAGUACUUUCCAUUGAAUAUUGUCACUGCUGGCCUACUUCAAAUUUAUCAAGAUUUGUUAGGAUUGAAGUUCAAGGAAGUUUCAGACCCGGACGUGUGGCAUCCAGAGGUUCAGAAGUUUUCUGUUACUGAUGAGAACACUGGGGAGAAUAUGGGUUACUUUUAUCUAGACCUCCAUCCUCGGGAUGGGAAAUAUACACAUGCGUGCGUCUGCUCACUGCAGCCAGGGUGUCUCAUGAUAGACGGAACCCGUCAGCUUCCUGUGGGAGCAAUGCUAGCAAAUUUUACUAAGCCCACAACGGAGAAGCCCUCACUGCUGGGUCACAAUGAAGUUGAGACAUAUUUUCAUGAGUUCGGCCAUCUGAUGCAUCAUAUCUGCAGCCGUUCAGUGUUUGCAAAAUUCUCAGGCUUGCGUGUUGAAGAAGAUUUUGUGGAGGCUCCCAGUCAGAUGCUCGAAAACUGGUGCUUGGAAAGUGCUUCUUUGAAGAUGAUGAGUGGUCACUAUGAGGACACGAAUCAACCUUUACCACAAGAAAUAAUUGAAGCUUUAAUGCAGAAGAAACGUGCAUUUUCCGGCCUUCUCACUAAGCGACAACUACUAUUUGGGCUUUUCGACCAGUCAAUACAUAUGCGUGAGAAAGCUGAUACAGCGGCCGUCCUUAAGGAAUUGACGCCCAAGGUGAUGGAGGGACUGCCAAUGUUGGAGGGUACCAAUUUCAGCGCCUCGUUUGGUCAUAUGGCAGGCGGCUAUGAUGCUGCAUAUUAUGGUUAUCUUUGGGCUGAGGUCUUCUCUGCAGAUAUGUUUGAAACCAAGUUUAAAGGCAAUGUCCUAAGCAAGUCAGCAGGAAGAGAAUACCGAGACAAGGUUCUUGCACCCGGAGCUACCAAAGAUGCUGCUGUCAUCUUGCGAGAGUUUUUAGGUCGGGAACCGACACAGGAGGCGUUCUUGAGGAGCAAAGGUCUGUAGGUUGUGCAUAACAUCUAGUGCUAGCGACAGUCAAUCGUUAGAGGUGGUCGAGAUUUUCUAAUAAAACCUCAGCUAUCUUAGGUGGGUAAAGAAAUAGGUUGUUUAAAAUUGAACUAAACAGGGUUGUUUUUGCGCAAAUGCCCUGCAUUGUUUUGAUUGCAGUCGAUCUAGUCACACAUUCGGACGAAUAGAUAAAAAUAGAGACUAGUGUUUAAAAAGACGUGUCAACCGUGAGCACUGCGUGAAUUCAAGUGAUCAUAAUAGCGUAAUUACAGAAGCGGAAGGUUGAGGAGGUUCGGCUUUUUUGCUACAGGCAAUUGUGUAUCCUGACUGGUGCUGGUUCUCACCAUCUUUAAAGUAGCAGCAAAUUCGUUUUUCAUCAGUAA